AUGGAAAUCAAAGAGAAUGGAGAGGGCAUGCAGCAGUGUCGUGAAGGGCUAACGGCAAUUGUGGAUAGGCUUGAUAUGAGUAAUAUGCAAGAUGUUGUCUGGGCAUAUAAAAACAUUGAGAAAGUGUACAGGCAUUCGAAAGCAGACUUUGGCAAGAUGGUUGGGAUGCUGGAGAAACAGAAAGAGAUUGAUUUCAACACGGGCCUGGCGAUUUUGGAGGAGAUUGGAAGUGUAAUGCAUGCAUGCUUUGGAAAGAAUGCGAUUGAUGAAGAGAUUAUGUUUGUGAUUGAGAAAUGCGGAGUGAGCCUUGGAGAAAGAAGUGUUGUGCCACUUGAAUGGUGUGCUGAUUAUGUAUACAAGCUUGUGCUACCGCUGUCAAGACUUUUUACUAAACAGGUUGUGGAUAUAGUUGCGUUUCUGUUUACCAGGACCACUGUUGCACAGUUUGACGAUCUAUUUGAUAUAUUUGCUGGCAAGAGGGAUGUUCUAGCUGAGCUGCAUCUUCUGAAAGUCAGGCUAAUGAGAGAGAGAAGUGUAAAGUACAAAUGCAUGAUGUGCAAAGGGCAGAGCAAAGAAAACGGUGCAAUUGAAGAUUGCAUAAGGGCAAUGAAGAUAUCUAGCGAUAAAACAGUUGCUAGGGCCAAAAGCGAUAUGGUGAGUGAUGAUGAAUUAAUAGAAAGUGAUAAAGGCCAAAUGGCAGGAACUGAUUUUUACACAAUGGAUGAGUUUGAGAGACGCAAAACAAUGAGUGCAGAGAAACAGUCGUCUGGGCAGGAUAUCAGCCAUGAAAAACCUUUUCCAGAGGAUUCUUGCGAUGAUAGCAGUGUCAAUGUCAGAGUUGAAGAUACACAAGAAUGUUUGAAUGAUUGCAAGCAAGCAAUCGCCGAUGAUCGCAAAGAUGAUGACUCAGUAAAAAAAUGCCAUGGUACAGGCAUACCGAUUGAGAAUGCAGAGUGUGAGUGCAAGGCUUGUGAUCAAGCCGAGGAGUACCGUUGUCUAUGUGAAGCCAAAAAGCAUCUGCUGGAGAUUGAACUGACAUCUCCAAAGUUUUUUAUUGAGAAUGCAGCGUUGUAUCUUAGUUUUGCAUUUGACAAGGAUCUGUUUGGUAUGUUUAAGAGAUAUAUUGAUUCUGGAUACCGAGGAGUGUGUGCAAUGAAUCUGUUCAGAUUGAAGGCAGUGGAAGCGAGUAUUUUGGAAGAGAUGGUGUGCCAGAUGAAGGAUAUGAGGAGGCAGAUAUUGAGAUCCGAUGAUCUUGUCGUUUCUUCAACCACAAUGAAGAUGUAUGUUGCAUGGUGCGUUGAGACAUUUGAAUCCAUAUCCACAGAGUCGAUGCAUGACUAUUUGGAGAUUAGCAAGCUGUAUGCACGGUUUCUAAGGGUGUUCAGGCAUAGAAAGAUGUUUUUUGUGCUUGAUGGGAUAUGUGGAAGCCGGAUUGAGAGGAUAAGCAAUUUGGUAGGAAGGCAUCUUGUGAGUGAUCUGAAGGAGAUAGUCGAGAUGAUUUUGAGUGUGUAUAAAGGCUGUGGCAGUAUAAAUGGCGGUCUUAGCAAGUGUAAGAGUUGUAUGAUGAUGGCUGAUGGGCAGUGUGAAUGUAGGAAUAGUAGUGGAUGUGCUUGUGGUGGAGGGCAUUGCAGUGCAGUGCAUCAAGAAGCUUACUGCAGUGAAUGCAAUCAAAAUGAUGAGGAGGCGAUGAUUUUUGAGGGAAUAAAAGAUAGUGAAGAUUCAGAGGGUUCUGUACGAGACAAACUGAAGGAAAGGAUUUUGGAGAUAUGCAAGUGUGAUAGGAAGACAUUUUUGUCACAGAUAGGAAUUAUUGAGAGUUUUGAUGAAGAAUUCAGAGCAAGAGUUGUCAAGGUAUUGUGCAGUAAUUAUGAUGAGGAUUGGCGGUAUAGAAGGGCGCUGCUACAUUGUUGUAAAAUGCAUCCUUGGAUGUUUAAAGACAGUGGGAUAGUUGAUCUGCUAGCCAAGGAUCGGGUUUUUGCUGUUAGGAAGACGGCGUUGGAUAUGAAGAAUGAUAGAGAAGAAGUAGGAAUAAGGUAUGCGAAUGCGGCUUAA